AAAACUCUUUCUGUAUCCCACUCUCUCCAACUCUGGUUUUUUUUAAACGUACCAAAAAAGCAAACGUUGGAUUCUUCAAUUAUGGACUUGGGUAUGUCAACAAACAACCGACUAAUUUGAUAUCAAUUUACCUUAAACUUCCGAAAUUGUUUCCUUUUAUUUUUGUUCCAACAGACACUGUUUUUUUCCCCUGAAUUUCACUGUUGAAAUUUUGGUGUCAAUUCAGGACUGACCUGGUAAAAUUUUGAGCUCUGAGUCCAACUUCUGUGGAGGAUAUCAAGUUACUGAAAAUGGUUCGGUGAUAGAAGAUCAGUGGGAGGUGAUAGCGAAGAGCAUCCAAUUACACUCCUUUCUUUGACAGCAGCAUAUAAUACCAGUCAUGUCUAACACAGUAUACUAUCACCCGGCGAAAGAGGUGGAGUCCUAUUGUUUUCCUCAGUUUCAAGCCCUAGACCACCAGUCAUGCUAUAGUAACAGCAGCCACGAGAUUAACUUCUCCAUUCACACUUCCCGCAAUAAGUACUGCACCCUCGAGUCAUCUUCACCAACUUGCCAUUUCACCAUUUCCAACUCACCCUCAACUGUCAGUUUCUCAUCAAACGGAAGUUCCGUAUCCCAACAAGAGUCUCAGUUUCACUCUCCAGAUACCAUCUAUGGCUCCCCGAUGAGUGGGUCCUAUGUAACCGAUGAUGUUAACGACUUUAGGCAUAAGCUACGUGAACUCGAAUCUGCAAUGCUAGGACCUGAUUCGGAUAUACUCCCAGAAAGUUAUGAUGAAACCUUACACGGAGGAAUAGCCUUGCCAGAGAUAGACAGCUGGAGACAAAUUAUGGGAGAAAUCCCCAGAAAUGAUUUGAAACACGUCCUCAUCGCAUGUGCAAAAGCAGUGUCCGAAAAUGACUUGCCGACUGCUCAAUGUUUGAUGUCCCAGUUACGCCAAAUGGUGUCAGUCUCUGGUGAACCGAUUCAGCGGUUGGGAGCCUACAUGUUGGAAGGGCUUGUCGCGAAGUUGGCCUCUUCUGGAAGUUUGUUGUACAAAACUUUGAAAUGCAAAGAACCGAAAAGUUCAGAUCUUUUCUCCUAUGUGCACAUUCUUUAUGAGGUUUGCCCUUACUUCAAGUUCGGAUACAUGUCAGCAAACGGAGCCAUAGCGGAAGCGAUGAAAAAGGAAAACCGGGUCCACAUCGUCGACUUCCAAAUCGGUCAGGGGAGUCAGUGGGUGACCCUGAUCCAGGCUUUUGCAGCCCGACCUGGCGGGCCACCCCACAUCCGCAUAACGGCAAUUGACGAUUCCACAUCAGCGCACGCCCGUGGGGGAGAGAUAAGCAUAGUAGGAAAGAGGCUAUCUAGGCUUGCUGAGUCAUUUAAAGUGCCAUUUGAGUUCAAUGGUAGUUCCAUCUCUGGUUCGGAAGUCCGGACAGAGAAUCUUCGGAUCCAACCCGGGGAGGCUCUGGCAGUGAACUUUGCAUUUGCGCUUCACCACAUGCCAGAUGAGAGCGUGAGUACUCAGAAUGAUAGGGACCGUUUGUUGAGGCAAGUGAAAAGCCUGUCUCCCAAGGUGGUGACCUUAGUUGAGCAAGAAUCCAACACAAACACUGCUCCUUUUUUCCCGCGGUUUCUUGAGGCGUUGGACUAUUAUUCGGCCAUGUUUGAGUCGAUUGACGUGACGCUUCACAGGGAACACAAGGAGCGGAUCAACGUCGAGCAGCAUUGUCUGGCAAGGGAUGUGGUGAACGUGAUAGCGUGCGAAGGGAGAGAGAGGGUGGAGAGGCACGAGCUUCUCGGGAAGUGGAAGUCCCGGUUCAAAAUGGCGGGGUUUAGUCCCUACCCUUUGAGCUCUUUGGUCAAUGCUACCAUCAAAACACUGCUGGAGAACUACUCUUACAAAUAUAGACUUGAGGAGAGAGAUGGGGCCUUGUAUCUUGGUUGGAGGAGUAGAGAUCUGGUUGCUUCUAGUGCUUGGAAGUAGAAAACUUUUGAACUGAUAGAACUUGUGUCAAGAUUGGGACAGUAAGUCGGGGUAGAACCGGGGCUUUUUCUGUUUCAGCUACUAGGUAGGUCACAAGAAUUGGUCCCUCAUCUUUUUGCACCUUUCAUCAAUCAAAAUAAGCUGCUUUCUUUUA